GUAGAUUUCAACCCGUUAAACCGAAAAUUGAUGUUCAAAAGAGAGCCUUUGAGUUAAAUACAGAGGCUAUCAAUGCUCUUCUUCCUCUUCAGGAGAGCUAAAGCUGCAAGAUUUCGUCUUUCUGCCGCCAUCCACGUCCUCAAACCACCACCAGCAUUCCACCUCUCCACCGCCUCUUCACUCCAUCCAAACCCUUCUAAACCCCUGUCCAAACCGGAGCUCAAGGCACUCGUUCUCUCCCACUGCCACCACGGUAAGUUCCACAACCUCCUCCGGGAAGUCAUCGCUUCUCCCCACGUCCUUCUCUCUGCUUGCAGCAGCCUCAAAUCCAAUGGUGAACCACUCGACCUCGAAUCCAUUUCGGCCCAAUUCUUCUCUGUCGAAGAACUCUCAUCCCAUAUCUCGGAAAACCGGCUUGAAGUCGAGUCAUGCUGCUGUGAAAUUCCCCCUUCUUCCCGGAGAGGUAAACCGCUGGUUCUUCCCAAUUUGAAGCUCAAAGUUGUUAUGGAAGCGAUUAGGAUGGUUCUAGAAGUUGUAUAUGAUGAUCGCUUCGUUACCUUUUCCUAUGGCGGCCGGGUCAAUAUGGGCCGGCACACUGCAAUUCGGUACCUGAAGAACUCCGUAGAAAACCCUAGUUGGUGGUUUACAGUAUCGUUCAAUCAUGAAAAAUUCGGGAUUAAUCAUGUUGCUAAGCUGUGUUUAAUCAUAGAAGAGAAAAUCAAAGAUGAUCCCUUGAUUGAUUUUCUAAAGAGGCUGUGUAAAUGUGAGGCUAUUAGUAUUCAUUUGGGUGGUUGUUAUUUAGGCAGAGGGUUUCCUCAAGAAUGCAGGUUGACCUCAAUCUUAAUCAACAUUUACUUCAACUCUUUUGACAAGAAUAUUCAAGAAAUGAGGCUUAAAGCAAAUACUGAAAAUCCAAAAAUUGGGAUCCUUUCAGACUCUUCUGGUAGUGCAUUCUACAAACCCCCGAAGGUACAUGCAGUUAGGUAUUUGGAUGAGAUUCUAAUGAUCACAUCUGGAACUAAGCUGAUGACUAUGGAAUUGAAAGGUCAGGUUGUCAAGAUUUUAGAGAAGAAUUUAGGGUUGAGUGUUAACAAGGCAGGAACGGUUAUCCAUAGUGCUGUUUCUGAAAAGAUUGAUUUUUUAGGUAUGGAGCUUCAAGCGGUCACACCAUCCGUCUUACAUCCGCCAAUGUCAGAGAAGGCUAUGAGGGCAAGGAAAAAGUAUUUGAGACAGAAAGAAGUUAGAUUGUUGGAACUGAAGAACGCAAGAGAGACUAAUAGGAAGAAAUUAGGAAUGAAGAUAUUGAAUCAUUGCUUCAAGAAAUUAAAACAUUGUAAUGAUGGGUUUAAAUUUGACUUCCAUAUCGAGAAUGAAGUGAGGCAAAUUUUCAAAAUGUGUUCUGAUGAUGUUGUGAAACAGUUUUUAGAAUCUGUUGAUGAGAGGUGGGAAUGGUACCGCCAGCUGUCAGCUGGUGAUUUUCUUUCAUUGGAAAGGAUAAGAGAAAAAUUACCAGGAGAGCUUAUUCAUGCUUAUGAUGAUUUCCAAGAACAAGUUGACAAGUUCUUGAAUCCAAUGCAAGCCAAAAAGAAAAUAGAAGAUUCAGAAAGAAGACUGGAGGAAGAGGAGGAAAGAAGGUAUUCAGAAAGGACAGUUCAAGAUUUAACAAAGCGGUGUAUAAAAGUCGAAGCGCCAAUAGAAACGGUAAGGAAAGCAGUCCAAAUGUCUGGGAUUACGAAUCACAUGGGCCGCCCUAGGCCCAUUAGCCCACUCGUAGUCCUUGAAGAUGCUGAUAUUAUCAAAUGGUACGCCGGUGUAGGGAGAAGAUGGCUUGACUUCUUUUGCUGUUGUCACAACUUCAAGAAUGUCAAAACCGUUGUGACUUACCACCUGAGAUUCUCUUGCAUUUUAACAUUAGCAGAGAAGCAUGAAUCCACAAAGCGUGAAACCAUCAGACAUUUCUCUAAAGAUCUGAAAGUUUUGAAUGUGGAUGGGACUGAAGAUUUUCACUUUCCUACAGAAAGGGAAGUGAAGAUGAUGGGAGACAAUGCUUUGUCAGACCCAAAGCCGGUGGACGGGGCCCUCACAAUGGCUCUCAUAAGGUUGGCAUCGGAUGAGCCCUCAUAUUUAUGUGCUGCUCAUUUUUGCGGCAGGAAUGAUACCACUGUGUACCGGAUACGGUUCAAUCCGCUAGACCAAAAGUGGGUUCCUGGAAUGGGCUCGGCUCAUGAUAGUUUGAAUAGAAAGUGUCUACCGUUAUGUCCUGUCCAUAUAAGCGAAGUGUACAUGGGUAGAAUGACUCUUCAAGAUAUUGAUUGCUGUGUGGUUUUAGAUUUGGACUAAUGGAGGUUAUGGAGCUCUCGCCAGGGGCCCACUAGGCAGCAGAGUUUGGGCAAGCCUGAAUGACGACUAGGCGAGGAUGUUUACAACAAUGAGUCAAAGUAACUUCCUGUGAUUCCUACUGAAAAUAUGAAAGCUAAGCAACUGACAUACCAAAUAUCUGCUCCCCUUUUUACUCUCCGUUUGUGCAUAGAAGUGUUGUUUGUGUACUUCUAGUUAACUUCUUGUUAUAAACACUAAUACUUCGUAACAGUGAAAGUAAACCAUUGUUUUAAGGUAAUACUGUAUGUUCUUUUACACGUUCAAAGUACUUGCUAGUCAUUUGCCACGUUAAAGUUAGUUUUUUU